UCGACAGCACAUUGUUAUCAUAUAAUAAUUUGAGAUCAUGUAUCGCUCAAAAUUAUUAACAUUAAAUAGCGGCAUUACGUUUUUUUUUAAUAGAAAUUAUCUUUCCAACAACUUUAAAGAUGUGAUUAGUAAAAAUAUUAAAAAAGCAAGCUUCUCAGUAACAGAGAAUCUAAAUCUUAAACCGAAUUCUGAUCUAACUGCUAUCAAUUUAGAUUCUAUUGUGAAAAGUCUAAAUCCAAAUGAGGAACAACACAUUGAUUUGCAGAGUUUACUUUUAAAAUUUCGAAUGGGAAAAGAAGCAACUAAAAUGUUUGAGUCCAAUCAAUAUAUAAUUAUUGAUUACUUCUUGGAGUCUGACAACGUUAAAGAGUUAUUAUUGAUACUGAAGAAUAAACGACAUUUUGGGAUAUUUUUAGAUGAAAUAACUGGAAGUUAUAUAUUAGAUAGGUUAUUAAAAAAGUCUGAUUACAUUUCUGCAACACAAAUUGCUGUCGAAAUCAUGUUGCAAGACGAAAUAAAUUCAAAUUUUUUAAAUUUGCUGUCCAUACAAUCUUGCUUUAAUUAUCUGAAACAGUAUUCACCUGAAGAAAUUACACAGGAAAAAGAAGAGAACGAUGUAACUGAGAAAAAGGUGCGAGUGAAAUUUUUACAAUGUUAUGAGCCACAUAAAGUUGAUUAUACACCAGGUUAUAGCAAGGAAUUGAUUAUAAAAACUAUGCAAAAGCUAUCGAGAAAAGUAUCUAGUGAGAUAGCUCUAAACGUAAAUGUAUUGGCCACAGUUUUCAACAAUGAUUUUGAGGAGGCAAUUAGAUUAAUAAAAUCGGGCUCUACAAAACUUCAUAAAGAUGUAUUAAAUGUUUGCUUGACGUUAUCAAAGAAUGAUGACCUAAACACAAACAUAAAUGAAGUACUGCCAAUGAUAAAUGAUGCCACAUUUCAAGAAAAGCUUAACUUAUUAAUAAAUGAAGAAGUCAAAGAAACUGAACAACAACUAACUCAACAGCUUAACCAAAAAAAUGAUUUGUGGGCUACGGCAUAUCAAAAUAGGCUUUCUGAAGAAGAACGAUUAAGAAAACAACUUGAUUGCAUAAAUAAUUCUAAGCAAACAUUAGAAAAAAUAGAAGAUGAAAAGCAGAAAUUAUGGUUCUUUGAUUUAGAAGAAAAAAUUGACCUAGAAAUACACCAAAAAAAGGUUACAUAUCCCAAACGAUGGUUUGGAAAGAAAAAGAAGCCCAGAUCUAUAGAUGAUAGCUAUAUCCCGCCUGAGAUAAUUAAGAAAAGUAAUGCACAUUAGAAAUCUUAACAUAUUCACAAUUUGUUAUUGAAUUAAUUUAAUUCGACUUUUUUUCUGUAUUUAUUCUGUAAACGCAAUGGAGUCAAUACAUAAUACAAUUAUGACUAAUUUC